AGAUUUGCAAUGAAUUGCCUAGAUUAAAUGAUAUGAAAUAUAAAUUAAAUAAUUCUUGGAGGCAGCAAAUUUGUGCAGUGCUAGCCUUAGUAAUUAAGCCAAUUACUGUAAAUGUGUGUGUUACAGACAAUGAUCGUAAUACUCGCAAUUAUUACUCUUGUGAACCCCGUGGCAUCCCUCAUUGGAUAUGACUGCGGAGGACGACACCUAAAUAUAACUACAAUAUCAUUGCUUGACGUCAGUGAAUGUGAUUUAAAAAUCAAGACUCCAAAUACAACGGGAGUGUACAUUCAGUUGCUCCAGUUGUCAGUGUAUAACUACGCCGAGGUGUUCCAGUGCAAGGUGGAAAUCUCGCGUACCGUCUACUAUUGUGGGAUGCAUUCUCACAUUUCUGCAGUCCAGAACGGCAGAGCUGACUACCUACACGAAGUUGGAUAUGACCAAUGCAUGAGGAUGAUCCAGGAUGGCACCCUCUCACUAGGACCUAACAACUACAUAACAGGCCUGAGAGUUAAUCAGACGACUACAAGAAGCAUUACUCUUGCAGGCAGCACCAAUAACGAAGGAGGCUGUGAAACAACAUAUUAUUCGGACCAGUUUGGAACUUGGCCCAAUGUCAUAGCACAAGGAGUAGUAAAAAUCACUCUCCGAACCUCCUACGUUCCAGUUCACCUAGAAUCCGGAAGAAUAAUACUAAAAUCCGGUACAGUCUGUCAACUGAAGGACGGAUUUUGUAUCGACUCAGACGAUGGAUAUUCAUAUUGGAAAGUUGCUCCGGCAUCGCCCUGCGACUUUCACCAGUAUGAUGUACUUUACGAAGGACAAGCAACGAAACUACAGGAGGAUCCAAAUGACCCAUAUUCUCCUGUAAUCUACAGCCUCAUCACUCAGGACAUUACGUUUGCACUCACCAAAACUCGUGAGUUUCCUCUGUGCGGAUACGUCUUGUUUCGCACAGAACACCCAAAACUUUUCGUACUUGAAACAAAAAGGGGAGACGCUCCCUCCAUUCGAAAGCAAAUCCCCAUGCAAAAUCUUGACAUUUUCGCAUAUGUGAACUCCAAGUUCGUAUAUGUGGAAAAACAUAUCAAACAACAGAUGAUUUCCUUGUAUCACAACGUGAUGCAACAAAAGUGCGAACUUGAAAGACAAGUAAUAACCAAUGCUCUGUCUUUCGCAACGCUACAACCUGACGAGUUCGCAUACCGAUUAAUGAAAGGACCAGGAUAUAUGGCUGUCACCGCAGGAGAGGCCAUAUUCGUUAUCAAAUGUAUACCAAUCGAAGCCACAGUACGCCGACCCAAGGAAUGCUUCACCGAACUUCCUGUGACUGUGCGCAAUUCCAGUAUGUUUCUAACACCGAAAUCCAGGAUACUUACUAAAGUUGGAAACCAAAGAGAGUGUAAUCAUGAAAUGCCUACUCUCUAUCGUAUUGAAGACACCUGGGUGCAGCUGUCGCCAGACCCACAAGUCCGACAGACGUCACCUCAACAACUUAAACCUAUGGCCCAGCUAACUUGGAGAUAUCUAACGCCUGGACCACUUGCUGUUAGCGGAAUUUAUUCUGAAAAGGACAUUGAACGAUUAAGGGAACACAUUAUGUUUCCUGCUGAGAAGCCAGCUGUGCUUAACUCUAUCGCUAGAGGAUUGACCGGACAUUCAUUUGACCCAAAUGCUGUCUCAUUGUACAACAUGUUGGACGAAAACGCUCUAAAUAAAAUUGCCGAGUCCGCAGCCUCUAAGGUCUGGAAGGGAUUUGUCUCUUUCGGAUCAGCCACAGCCGGAUUGUUUGGAAUAUUCUUAAUCGUACGAUUGAUUAAGAUUAUCAUUGACACAACUAUUCAUGGAUACGCCCUACAUACUGUCUAUGGAUGCAGUAUGCACUUGCUUGGAGCCUUAUGGAGUUCCAUCACACACCUGCUUCUCCAUUUGGCCAGAGGACCCAUUGACAAGGACAAGGAACGACAUCUUGAUGACCAGGACACAACACCCAAGCUGACGAAUACGAGCAAGGAUCACCAGAUCACCAUCAGCAGCCCUACCUGCCCAGUCGAGGAACAACCUCAUCUCAGCGAAUCACCGAUUAUUGUAACUACCCCAUCUACUUAUACUUACCUUGAUUUAAAUCAAAGAUUGGAUGAGGUUAGUCAAAUUCCUCGAUUGCAACGGAAUUUGACUUAAAAAAAGGGGGAGGUGUGACGUCCCGUCAUUUUUUCUUAUUUUUCAUUAUUUUUCAAAUUUUUUGACGCAAAACUAUUUUAAAUGCUGUAAAGACACAUUUAACAAAAUUAAAAUGAAAUCAAGUAAACUUUAAUGUCAACGAAUUUAAACCUCAAUCCUGAAAGAUUUAAAUCAAUCUCAAUAAGACAUUUAAGGUGUAAACCACCUUCUCACGGUAGCAAGCCAGAACUAACUGACCAAACCGUGACAAACAAUAUUGACGUCAUGUUAAAUAAUUGCAGCAAUCCUCUGAUUGCCUGAUUAAACAAUUCUCACAUGAUAAUUAAAAGAAUAAUUCGGUAAUAACCUUACCGAACUAACGAAAUAAAGAUUAUUGACGUCACUAUUGUAUAAUAAUAACAAGCGCCUAAAAACAAAUAUUCAUAUAUAAUCCUAUAUAAUAUUUUUAUAUAAUCAAAUAUCACUAAAUAUUCUAUUCUCUAAUAUAUAAUCUCAUAUUAGCCACCGCUAUAUUUGGAUGGCUACAGUAAUUUUUAUUAAUCGUUUAUUCUCAUAAUUAAUCUGAUUAAUCCCGUAUAACUAAUUGCGUUUAAAAGUUUCGUAAACAAGUAAUCUAACGUUAAGCAAGUUCAAAAGAAUCUGCUUGCAGCCUGGAUAUAAUUAUUUACAGUCAUAGAAUAUUAUACUUUUACAAAGGUAAGGAUAAUGCCUUUUAUCCUUCCCCGAUUCCCAACCCCGACAUUCUACAACACUAAAACAACACAUUCAUUUUUAACAUUACAUAAAUUCUGUCUUAUACUAUUAAAUUAAUCUUUUGGUAACAGCGAUAAAUGGAAAAGUUUUCACAAAAUUUAGUACUACUUCAUUAUAAUUUUGGUGGCAGCAGUGAAUAGCCUAAUGAUAUAAAUAUUACUUUCUUUAAUUUUAUUUUUGGUCGCAACAUAAUUCUAAAAGUCAUAUUAAGUUUAAAUUCCGACAGAAAAUAUUAACCACCAAUUAUUCUUUAUCUAUUUGCACCAAAUAAAUUAUUCUGGAAUAAUUACUUUAAUAAUUGACUAAUCGAAAUAAAUAUUUCAUUAAAUAAUUUUUAAAUUACUUGCACAACAAACCGAUUUUCAUACAAUUCGAGUAAACUGUAAUCUUAAAAUAAUAAAUUAAUAUUAUUAAAUAAAUCAGAAAUUUGCUAAUUAAAUAACUCUGCAAUUUACUAUAAACAUUUGCUUUAAAAACAAGGAAAAUAAAUCUAAGACGUGCCACAUUAAAAUUAUAUAAAUUUCAAAACUUUGUCCCACAAAAAUAUUUCAUAUCUCAAAAUUUUGAUCGAUAAGCUAAAAAUUGCAUAUAACAUUAAUUGCAUAAUCUUUCAUUGUGAACACAAAAACCGCAAUUCCAAAUUCGUAUCUUAAAUAAACUUUCUCAUAAUAAAGUAAACAUUCCCAAAUAAAUUUAUUUAAAAGAUCUAAAAACUACAACUAGUCUUGGUACUCCGCGUACAUUAAAAACAUAUAUAUAAGUCAGAACAAAACAAUACUAUUUUCUUAAUAUUACCAUAAAGUCAAAAUUUUGAUCGAUAACCUAAAAUUUUUAUAUAACAUAAAAUUCUCAGUAUUUAAGUGCCUAAACGAUCACAUAAAAGUUACGCCCAAAUUUAACAUAAUUAUAAAUUUAUAGAAAUACACUUCAAAAUUUUGACCGUUAAUCGAAAUUCUUUAUAAGACAUAAAUUUACGUACAAUCAGUUAUCUAAACAGUCCCAUAGAAAUAACAUUAAAUUUUUAAUUGUUUAAACCCCCAUGAUAUAACAAUGUCAAAAUUUUUACAAUGACAAAGGGAGUUAUGUAUCGGCAUCAAUACUGUUUUACCUCCUCUAUAAGUACAUACUAUUAAUACUAGCUCAGAUUGAUAUCCAUUAUAAAUUUUCAAUUUGUUUAAACAAAAUAUUGAUUUACAAUUUUUAUAAAUUUCACCAUACAACUUCUUUUGACCAUUUGAAUCUAACGACACACCUUUUAUUUUGAUCAAAAACAAUAACCUUUUUAUUUGUUUAAAUAAAUAAAUUAUCAAAAAUCCAGAAUAUACGUUUGAAAGGCCUUCUAUAAAAACGAUUUUAGGAAUUGAUCCGAACCCUUAAUCUUUAACCGUUCCGGAGCUACGAUUUUCUGAAAAACUCACCCCGGAACCACCCUCAUGACACAAAAUGCACUCCGUAAGAAGGGAGGCAGGGCCGAUCAUUAUAAACAUACUCCCGACCUUAAAAUAAUUUUUUUUCGAAAUCACCCCCUCCGAUUAAAACCACCCCCA